AUGGACUCACAACAGAGUUUCGAUGAUACUCCUAUUUAUUGUCCACAAGUGAAGGUUGAUCUGAUUCCUAUAAAGAACCAAGAAUUUCAAACACUACAAGAUGUUGAGACGUUUUACAAAAGCUAUGCAAAAGAAGCAAGGUUUAAUGUCAAAAGUUCCGUUACCGAGAAGAAGAAUGGCGUGAUUGUACGAAAGGAGUAUGUGUGCUCUAAAGAAGGAACAUCGAAGGUAACAGGAAAGAAAAGAAAUCGGAAUCAAACAAGAGAAAAUUGCAAGGCAAGAAUAGCAGUUGUAAGACGUGCCAAGAUCGGUAAAUAUGUUGUCACUAUUUUUGUUGAGGAUCACAGCCACCCUUUAACUAGCCCACGAAGACAGUAUUUGACAAAAAUUCACCGUAAGGUUUCUGCAGUUCAUAAAUCAUUAUCAAAGCAACUGACUGAAGUCAAUGUGCCUACAUGUACACAGUUUGACUUUCUUAGAGUAAACUCAAGAGGAUUAAAAAACAUCGUGUGCUUGCAGCAAGACAUUUAUAACUACAAAAGGGAUUGUCACAAAGAGGUGAAGGGGCAUGAUGGAGAUAUGUUGUAUGAGUACUUCUUGCAUGAGAAAGAAAAAGAUCCUUCAUUCAUUUUCAAAAUAGAGGCUGACAACGAGAACAGGAUCACUCGUAUCUUUUGGGCUGAUGCAAUUUCUAGACGAUCUUACAAGUUUUUUGGUGAUGUUGUAAUAUUUGACACAACUUACAACACCAAUACAUAUUCGUUGAUCUUCGCACCUCUGGUAGGAGUAAAUAAUCAUGGACAGACAAUAAUUUUGGCUUGUGCAUUCUUAAACAAUGAGACAACUGAUUCUUUUACAUGGUUCUUUAAAGAAUUUUUGAAGGCAAUGUCAGGCGAUGCUCCGAGGAUGAUAAUUACCGAUCAAGAUCCAGCAAUGACGAAAGCUAUCUCUGAAGUACUCCCACAGACAUUUCACAGAUUGUCAGAUCAAUACAUCUUAAAGAGGUGGACAAAAUCAGCUAAAAGUGAGAUAGUUCUUGAUGAUGCCGGUGUGGAGAUAACAGAUAACAGAGAUUUGCUUGCCAGGCGCAGCCAGUUAUGCCAAUAUGCUGUAGAGGUAAUUGAUAAAAUUGUGGGUAAUGAGGAAGCAAGUGCUAUGUUUUUAGAUUCAUUAGAUAGUGUUCUGGAGAAAUAUACUUCCAUGAUGGCUGAUGUAAGGGCUAAAGGAUGUGAGAAGAGAUUGAAGGCUGGAAAAGAAAAGGGGAGAUUAAAAGCUGCAAAGAAGGCGAAUGGUAAAGGUAGAUUUUGUCAUGGAUGUAAAAAACAUGACCAGCAACAUGAUAAAAGAAAUUGUCCCAAGUUGAAGAAUAAAGACGGCAUACUCAUCGCUCAAACUGGAGAGGAUACAAGUGAUUUAAGUACAGAUGAGGAAGAGUAUUCCAGCAGAGGAGUUGAUCAGUCCGUGUAG